AUGUCGCCAUUUCGCUACAGCCUCGCCGCGAAGGCGCCUUUGGCGCUUCUGCGGGCCUCUCCUCCUGUGCCUCUAAAGCGAGCCUUUGCAGUGCGCACGAUAGCGACCACCUCGUCUGCGUUAGUGCGAGCCAAUGCAGUGGCCAAGGGCAGCACGCAGAGAUCGUGGGUGGCCGUGCCUCUGCGAAGAGCGUACUCGUCGGCGCCCGAAGCGGCCGGCAAGACGUGGUCGUUCGAGGAGCUGCAAACCGCGACCAAGAAGGCCGGCUCGACGGUGAUCCUUGUUGACGCCCGCGAGCCCGGCGAACUGGCGGCUACCGGCCGCAUUCCGGGCGCCAUCAACAUCCCCGUGACCUCGUCGCCCGACGGCUUCUUCCUGCCGGACGAGGAGUUUGAGGACCGCUUCGGGUUCGAGCGGCCCGCCCGUGACGCCGAGAUCGUCUUCUACUGCAAGGCCGGCGUGCGCAGCCGGGCUGCCGCCACGCUGGCCCGCGAUGCCGGCUGGACCAACGUGGCCGAGUACCCGGGCAGCUGGCUGGACUGGACCGGAAAGGGUGGUGCAGUCGAGCACUGA